AUGAUGCUAUCAAAAGCCGUCAGACCUGCCCUCAAGGCAAGCUCUGCCGCCUACACUCGUUCAAUUCCAAAAGCUGCAACAUAUGCAACACUUCGAGAAAUUGAAGACCGCCUAAAAUCCAUCAGGAAUAUCGAAAAGAUUACCAACACCAUGAAGAUUGUGGCCUCGACCAAGUUAACCCGUGCCCAGCGUGCAAUGACUGAAUCUCGUCAAUACGGUCAAACUUCCAACGCUGUUUUUGACCAAGCCGGAACUAAGCCACUUGAAAAAGAUAACCAAAAAUAUUUGAUUGUUGUAGCCAGUUCGGAUAAAGGGCUAUGUGGUGGCAUCCACUCAGGACUUAGUAAACGCGUUAGGAAGAUGCUUAUUGAAAAUCCCAAUGCCGACAUUGUAGUUCUUGGGGAAAAAGCUAAGGCACAAUUGAGUCGAUCAAGUGGGAAGAAUAUUGUCUUGAGCUUUGCCGGUGUUGGAAAAGACAUCCCAAGCUUUGCGGAAGCACAGGCUAUCACAGAUCAGAUUACCAGUCUCCCUACCGAAUACUCGUCUAUUCAGAUCGUUUACAACAAAUUUAUUAAUGCACAGAGUUAUGAAGCUACCAUAAUUGACGCUUACACUGAAGAGGCAAUCGUCAAUUCUCCAAAUCUUUCCGCCUAUGAAGUUGACAAUGAGGUAAUUGCAAACCUCCGCGAAUAUGCGCUUUCGAAUUCUUUAUAUUGGGCUCUCGCUGAAGGUCAUGCAUGCGAACAAUCUGCGCGUCGAAAUGCAAUGGAUAACGCUUCAAAAAACGCUGGCGAUAUGAUAAACAAGUAUCAAAUCUUAUUCAAUCGCACUCGACAAGCUGUCAUUACUGGUGAACUGGUUGAGAUUAUUACAGGUGCUGCAGCCUCAGAAGAAUAA